GGUGCUGUUAGAACUUGGGGUGGAAAUGGAAUUGCUUCGGACGUUUUCUCAAUUCACCUCGAGUUGCCCUUUCGCCUUUCCGCAUUCCUUCCGAAUCAACCUCUACCAUUUCCCUCCGUCGUCGUCGUCAUGUGGGUGGAGAUCCUCUGCGGACUCAUCGUUUACAAGCUCUUCCGCAGCUUCUUCGGCUCCGGCGAUGAUGUUCUAGAUGUCGAGACCUCCGACACCAACGCCGUUUUCAUCGUCGCCAAUCGACUUGAAAAGCUGCAUGGAGGAAAGGUCUAUGUGGGGCUUCGGAUACCAGAUCCUGAUACAGGUUUACGCCAGAGUAUUGAUGUAGUCCUAGUAACAAAAGGGGAGGCAGCAGUGAUUUCUGUCAAGAACUUAUCUGGUUUGGUAUCGAUGAAUGGUGAUGGCAGCUGGGUAUGCGAGGGGGGCAGUGGGCACAAAGCUGAGCAUCUUCCUAAUCCUGUCGAAGAGGUCAAGAAGCAGGCUUCUAUUCUUGAAUCAUAUCUUGAGCAGAGGGGAAUCGCUCUUCCAGAAGGAUAUUUUUCUUACAAAGUUAUACUCCCCAAUCCUAAGUUCAGAACCAUCCAUGCAAGCUACUUUCCAUCUGAGGUGAUUACAUAUGAUCAAUGGACCAUCCUGAAGCCAGAAUCGAAAAGUUUUUCUUUAAGCUGGAUUAAGGGAGCAGUUUAUGGUGGAAAGAAGGAGAAUCAAGAAUCCCUUACUCAGAAACUUAAUUUCAUUCUCAAUUCAGCUCCAAUGUGGGACAGGCUGGAGCUCAAAGGUAGCAAGUAUGUCCUCGGAGAGUUCUUGGAAUUUAAAGGCAAGACAGAAGACACAAUGGCUCUGAAGCACGUCAAAAGAUCCAAAGUCAGUCAGCUCGUCGUUCAAAAGACCAGUAUGUUUGGACUAGCUCCAUCGAGGCUCCAAGUGUUGUCCUGUGCUCGUGAUUUUCGUAGCGAAGGUGCCACGUCGUCCGAGUGGAAGGAAGAGACCGUACGAUCGAGUACAGAAGUCGUGUUUCAGCCUCAGAACUCGCCAAAGGUCCGCAAAUUCAAGCUCUCUUCAGUUAUCUCCAUGUCGCUGAGUGCGUGAUAGUGUGCUGUAACUGCCUUUGAUCUACCAUACCAGAAUGAUAUAUCAAUCUAUGCCCUCACUAGAGUGCUGAUGUCACACCUGUGAGUGGCUUUUGUCACUUAGUCCAGUUAUUCCAAGUAUGCUGAACAUAAUCCCAAGAGAUGCAUCCAUCCAUUACUAUACAACAAACAACUACCUCCAGAGAAAGGAAAGAAAAACCUUACAACCAUAUAAAUAGUAUGUUUUUUUUUGGUAAUAGGAACAUUUGUAUAUAGCUUGUCUGUAUGCUGAAGCGUUCAUUUCCUCCCUACUUUUGUUGGGCAUAUGGUUGAUCAGU